CAAAGGAUGAAGCAUCCCGCAUCACUUUGCUCCUCCGCGUUUUCUGGAUGCUACUCACCUUAGUUUACCGGAUGCAACUUUCUUGAAUUGGUUCCAUCAUUGCCCAGGAAGAUUGUGGAGGAAUUGCUCCAAGCUCGGACCAAGGAGAAAGCUGUGGGACAUUCAGCAGCUUCCUGAAGAUUGAACAGAACAGACGCCAAUGCAGGCCGGUUUGCUGAAUUUAAUGGCUUAUGGUUGAUGUAACCCCGGAGAGAGACAGUUUGAGUUAGUUCAGUUAUACGCCUACAACUGCAGGCGGGCGGGGUACAAUUGACUCUCUCUUGCGAAAGAGAAACUGGGCCUAUAUUCACCGCAAAAAGAUGGUGGCAGCGUGGGACAUUUUUCUCUGUGUGCUGUAUAGUCUCAUUGCUGUGGCCAUCAUCUCAGGCAAUGUGUUCUGCCUGGCCAUUCUCCGGGGAGUCAACAGCAUCCAGAAGCCGACCAAGUUCAUGAUCGCCUCCUUGUCGGUGGCCGACCUCUGCUUCGGGGUCUUCGUGGUCGUACCGGUGAUCGGGGCCCUGGCGGCGGGCGGCCUGCCGAGCAAUCGCGCCAGCUUCUGCACGUUCUUCGCCUUCGCCAACAUCUUCUUCCCUCGAGCUGGCAUUGCCUGCAUCUUGGUCAUCAACUUGGAUCGCUUCGUGGCCAUCUCCCGGCCGCUUCACUACCACGAUUUGGUGACCACGCGCCGGGCCUACCUAGCCCUGGGCACCGUUUGGCUCCUGUCCUUUACGCUCACCUGCCUCUUCGGGUUUCUCCCGGGGAGUUCCACGGUCUACCACGGCCAGUUCCACAUGUGCUUCUUCGCUCGCGAGGCCGCACCCGGCGGAAGCAGCUCGUUCGUCGUGGCCAUUGUUCUGAUUGUGGUCAGCGUCGCCAUCCCCAUCGUGGUCAGCACAGCAUUAUACGUCUUCAUCCUCAAGAUUGCCCGAGGCCACGUCCAGCGAACCAGUUCGGCUUGUCGCAGCGUCGACUUGGCCAUGCUGAGCGGCUCGCAGUCCCCGCAACAAACGCCCAACCCGGCCCCGAAGCCCAACACCAAGGCUGCCAAUACCUUCUUCAUUGUGACAGCCGGCUUCGUGGUAGCCUGGCUGCCAUUCCUGGCCAUUCUCUUGCACGAGGGUCUUAAGAAUGACAUCGUGCCCCGUUGGUUGGCUGACCUCUCUCAGGUAGCCGUCUUCACCAGCAGCUGCUGGAACUUCAUUAUCUUCUACGUCAGAAAUACUGGGUUCCGUAAGAGGGCGCGCGAGCUACUCAGGCUGCGCGAAUAAACGAAGGCUAUAGAGGGAUUUCACGUUAGCGCCG